UUAUCCUGGUGUCAAGAUUAACCAGUUACGAUGCAGGAGUGCUGUUCGGCGACGUUGUGAACCUGAUCCAAGGUUUUCGACCCUAAACUCGUCUUUUACGAAAGGCUCCCUAAGUUAUAGCCUCAGCAUGUCGGGUUUUGACAGCAACCCGUUUGCCGAUCCGCACGCAGUGAGUCCGUUCGCAGACCCGGCAGUCACUCAGGUGACAAGCCAGACGCAGCAAGCACAAUCCGGGUUAGGCCUAGAAGAUUACAACCCCUUUGCCGAUCAACCUCAACGCCCCCGCCCAGUAACGCAAGUACGGGGUACCGGGAACCCACCGAAAGUUGAGGUCCCUAGUCAACCGGCCAUGAUGCAGCCAGUGUCUGAGCCCCCACCGGCCUACAGCCCUAACCGAGGCGUCGUCCCCACACAAACACAGUCGUCGACAUCCAUAAGUACUGCAGAGCUUCAGAAACGACAGGAAGAAUUGGAACGUAAAGCUGCUGAACUUCAAGCUCGUGAAGAAGCGCUUCGUAAUUCAAACUACAACGUUCGAGCCAACAACUGGCCGCCACUGCCCGACAAGUGCUGCGUGGCCCCAUGCUUCUACCAAGACAUUGGAGUCGACAUUCCGCUUGAAUUCCAGAAGAUAGUGCGCACCAUGUACUAUCUGUGGAUGUUUUACGUCGUCGUCCUGCUGCUGAACUUUCUCGGCGCUGUUGCCCUUCUCGUCAAAGACGGCGAAGCCACGCUCUUCGGCUUCUCAGUUUUGUACCUCGUUCUGUUCGCCCCGCUCUCAUUUCUGUGCUGGUUUCGACCCCUGUACAAAGCGUUUCGCAGCGACAGCUCUUUCAACUUCAUGGUAUUCUUCUUUGUUUUCUUCGUGCAGCUGAUCGUAGCUGUCAUUCUCGCCGUUGGCGUAGGCGCGGCGGGGGCUUGCGGGUUUGUCGUCGCCAUAAAGCAGUUCUCCGUGUCCGUUCCGAUGGGAAUAUUCCUGACGAUUGUCUCCGCGGCACAUGCGGUGAAUGCUGCCGCCGCAGGAAUCAUGCUGUUACGCGUCCACCGCCUGUACAGGGGAACGGGCGCGUCUUUCGCGAAAGCGCAGCAAGAGUUCACGUCUGGCGUCCUGCGUAACGAACAUGUGCAAGGAGCUGCCCAGAAUGUGGCAGCAAACGCAGCGCGGGCCACUGUGAAUCAGACCCUGAACAACAGGUACUAGAAAGUUAGCCACCGUAUCGAGCUUAGGUUUGUUGCACUGAUCGAUUUUCUUUCUUUUUUUUUUUUUUUUGGAACACGCCAUGCUAACAGUUGGAUUGCAUUUAAAGGUGCAGCACUGUAGUAUCUGAUAGUUAAUCAGUUGAAAGUUUGUAAUACACGGUGCGCUUGACGGCAAGGCAGGGAUAAGGUUUGUCCCAGAAACAACCUCUGUUUUGGCCUUUUCUUACCAGUACAGUCGUAUUGAUGCACCAGGAAACUCUGAGUUGUUACGUUUCUCAAGGGCAUGACAAAUUUGUGAGAGUUAGUUAAGGUUUUGGCCGCCACAACCUACUGAGAUGAGUAACCUCGUUUUGUCUGCUCUCCUUUUCAAACUGGUUCUACAACAGGUGUGUGUAACCGACAUUAGUGUGCAGAAUGAACUGGCAAGAGUGCUGUAAAUAGGGUUUGACAAAUUUUUCUGUAUGUUCGUUGCAUGAAUGAUAGAAUAAAGAUGUAACUGCGCAACGUGGCACUUGUGUGUGGUUGGGUGUGAGGCACUAAGGAGAAGGCUACUCCGCAGUGCCAGCACCUGAACCCAAUUUACUCGAGAAGUGGUACAGGAAAGUUACCUCUGAGGUCACAUGGCCAUGACAGCUGGUUCACACAAGGCAUUGUGCCCCAGCUACCAAUCUGUCCAAACAUCUGUAAAAGUCAGCUAUUUUUGAAGUUUGUUGCAUAUUCUUCUUGUACAGAUACAUGUAGGUAGCAUCACUGUUGUUUUUCAGGAAAUACGAAGUUUAUGGCAGGCGCUGUGGAAUGUUAGGUGCAGCAAUGUUUUGAGAGAUUCUAUAUCCGAAUGUGCAACAAAAUUUUCCUGUACAUUUCGCAUGUUUGGAGAUUGUUUGUUGCGUGUACCUAUGAAUACGAUCUACUCAAUCUCGAAACACCUUUUUGAGCAUCUGUAACCUGUAGCCAUUUUUGCCCAAAAUGGACAAGUUUUCCCUCACUCCUUGUCAUGUGUGUAUCUUUUACUAGGACUGAACCACAUUAUCCUGUCUAUGGAAUUGUACAUAACUUUGCUUUGAGGGCGACGUUUAUGACCCAACAAAUACAGAGCACUUGUUUUCCUCGCCUUGAUCUGUCUGAGGUCCUUCUGAUUUGUGCUGCUUAUUAUGUAAUGUUUAUCAUCAUGCUGUUUGUGUGUAUUUAAUAAAGCUGGAUGCUGUCUGAA